AUUGUACAAUUGUAUAGCGUGGUAUGCAACGGGCCAGAGGAAGGUACGCAUAAUCAGAAUAAUGCAAAUGUGGCAUAUAAUCCGUGCGAUAGCACUCCGCAAGCUGGAUGUGGUGAUUAUUGUCCGCCGCGUUGUGAUCCUUGCGUAGCACCUGCCGACUAUACACCUUGUAUUCAAGAGGCAGAGCAACCGUGUGAGUGCCGUUGUGAUUGCGGUGACUAUUCCGGCUGCUGUUACCAGCAACCGAGGCGCACUUUGCCGAUACUUCCGCAAGGUUGUUUAAUGCGUUCAUCAGCCCCAAUGGAAAGUGAUACAAUUUAUAGGCGCUCGUAUAUCGGCAAUUGCGGUGACGGACGCUCGAAACCGGUUUUACCAUGCAAUCAUUUGGCGACUGUUAAAGAGCCGAUGGAAAAGUGCACCAUACAAAAACUGUCGUACAGGCCGCAUUGGUGCGCUGCACGUACUCAGCCUAUCAAGCCACAUGAAAAUGGCUUGCAUUUUAAAGGGCCUCUAUACGCGGUGUCGUCGCAAAAACAUGAUUUUGUGCCUAAAGGGUUUUGCAAACGUGAACCAAUCGUUCCCCCUACGGGCAUAUGCACACCUUCGUCUCCACUCGAGCGUUGCACGGUGAAUAGAUUAUCGUAUAUGCCGAUAGAUGUGUGCACGAAUCCACCGCCAAAACCAAUCGUGCAAACCGCUACCUAUAUUCGUCCCACAGGACCAGGAGAAAAAUGCACCGUUCAAAAGCUUAGCUAUUUACCAAUUUGCAUACCCCCUAAGGAACCUAUGCCUUGGGCUGAACAAAAACGUUUAUGUCCGCCGAAAUAUGAGAAUUUAUGCACCACCUAUAAUCUUAGUUAUAUACCUAAUUGCUGCCCUCAGCGUACAGCUGCCAUAUUACCAAAUACUGGUUUGAAGUUUUUGGGCACCGAUCGGACGGACAAUCACACCGUCUAUAAAUUAAGCUAUGUAGGAUCGGAUGCACGCUAUACUCGUCCACCAGCAAUUUUACCCAGCAAUGGUCUAGCAAUGCCGACCGGACCAAUGGAAAAUUGCACGGUGCAAAAACUUUCCUAUCAACCUUUCUGCAUGGUCGGACGCACCACACCUAUAAAACCAAAAGAGAAUUGCAUAAAACCAAGCGGACCAUUAUACUGUAUAACUACGCAGAAACAUGACUUUGUGCCGAAACCAGUUUGCCGACGUGCAGCUAUCAAACCAAUGUCAUUGAUUUGUCGUCCAACUGGUGGUAUGGAAAAAUGUACUAUCAAUCGAUUAUCAUAUCUGCCAGUAGACGUAUGCGAGUAUCGUCGCCCUGAUGCAGUGGUACCUAAAGUGGGUGUGGAACGCAAUGCAGGUCCCAUGGAGAAAUGCACUACCUAUAAGCUUAGUUAUUUACCGAUUUGCAUACAACCUAAAGAGAGUCUCCCUUGGGCAAAUCAAUCCAAUUAUGAGAAACCUACGGGUCCAAUAGAAAAGUGCACCAUACAAAAGUUGAGCUACGGGCCACCGGGGACGUUCUCGCGAUGCGGAUGUAAGUGCUUUUUAUAUAUAUAUUUAACUUAUACGUGUAAAAGGGGACUUGCAUACCUUGCAUUCGCGCUUAAUGUUUGUGUGCGUAAUAGGAACAUUAUUCAUUUCGAAUAA